AUGCCCGGAAAGAGAGAGAGACUUAAAAGUCAACCAGACACAGGGAUGCCAGCUAAAGUAAUGAGGAGUAUCCGGAUUGGUUCGGUCACAACGUGUGCACAGACCCAGACUGGUUUGAUACAACGUGCAGUUCAACAGAUGCAGCUGAUGGUGACUCAGCAGUUCACUGAGAAAAGAUUAAAGACCAUGAUUCUGAAACUUCACGAAGGAGAGACUGGGAACACCAAGCACAUAAAGGAUGAACCCACUGUGCCUGACCUUGGGUCUUUUGGCUCUUAUGACUUACUUCCCGCUGUUCAAGGAAAAGGUGUGCAAUCUACAAAUGACCACAAUGUUCCACAAAUGUCUGGUCAACCUCAAUUCGGUUCAAGAUUAUCAGCUCAAAAGAAAUUUGAGUCUAUCAAAUCACAGCACUUUGGUCAGUCAAAAUUCCAGUUGGAUGUACCCAGUCAGCAAAAGCUGAGUAACCAAAAACUGCAACCAAAGACUCUGGCCAAAAGGAAAAUUUGUCAACAUAAAGCCCAUCCCCAGAUACCUACAAAUGGAAGACUAAGUCAACAACAUAAUUCCCCCCAAAUUAUAUUACAGAAAAGAAUUAAUCAAAGAAAAAUGCAUAAAAAGACAUUUGGUCAAGUACCUAGUCAAGGAAAACAGACUCCACAAAAAUCUUCACAAAGGAAACAAGGUCAAAAAAAACUUCAUUCUCAGAAACCUACACAGAAAACCCUAAACCAACACAAAAAACAGCCCCAGACUUCUGCGCUAUCAAAAGUUUAUCGACUCAAACAUCAGACAAAUGCAAUCUAUCAAAAAAGACCCAGCCAACCAAAGAUUCAUUCAAAUAUAAUUGGUAAGCAAAGACCCAGUCAAGGAAAAUCACAUCGACAAAUCCUUGUGCAAGGAAGUUUUAACCAACACAAAGGUGGCCCACAGAUUGGGACAAAAAGAAGAACCCACAAACACAAAUAUUACCCAAAGAAGUUUGUGAAAGGGAGAACUGAUCAACCAGCACUUCAGCGAAAAAGACCCAAAUUUAAACUACUCAGCCAGCAUGGAUGUCACCCACAGAAUUGUGUGCCAAAAAUACAGAACUCUAUCCAUUUUUCUCCCCCUCAAAUCUUUCCUGACUCAUAUGAUUUUGGUGAAGCUUCAUUGAUGGAGCGGAGCAGUACCUCUCACCAUUAUGAUCCAAAGCCAAGUGUUCAUAAUCAGCCUAAUUCAUAUCAUCCAAGAGGAAAUCCUGAAACCCCUAAGACUAAUGAAACUGCUACCACCCCAUCUUCUGCCACUGAGACUGCUAUUAAUACCGCUGCUGCUGUCACAUCUGCUUCCCCUGUCACAGCAGCUGGAGAUGCUAUACAUUAUAUCCCCACAUCUAACCCCACUAGGCCUCCAGCUAACAUCCCUGAUGCCCUAAGCACAUCUGCUUCUUCUCAUCCAACACCUGGAGAAGCCAUGUUUUCUCUAAUCUCACCUACCCCUUUCAUUCUUCCUGCUUCUAUCUCUACUGAUGCUCUUAACACUGCACCUGCUUCUGGAGUCACUAACUCCUCAUCUGAUCCUUCCAUACUUGCUGCCACCAGAAGGAUCCUUCCUGGCGCCUUACAUGCUGACCCCAGCAUCAUGUCUUCCAGCUCUAAUGAAUCAGCUUCAUCCAACUCAGGGUAUUCUGCUAGAAGAUACACCUCUAAUGUGCUUGCUCCCUCUAACAUCACCUCUGAUGCCUCUGACAUAACAUCUGCAGACACAUCUCUUGCCAUUACCACAGUCUUUACAACUACCACUCCUGGAACCUCAGUAAACUCUGCUGACACUAGUGAUGAUGAUACCACCAACACUAUAUCCGUAUCCGGUGCCUCUACAGAUAGAACUUCAGGUGCCCAAUCAGCUGCCAUCCUUAAUUUAACAAAAUCUGAUGAGUUAAGUAGGACACAGCAGAGACAGGCUGAGUCAAAGAAGAGGCCAAGGGCAUAUUCACCUCAGUCAUUGUCUCCUAGUUCAUCUUCUGCUACAGCAGUUCAUCCAAAUUCUGCAUUUCAACAAAGAAAUAGUCCAUCAAAAUCACUUGAUAAGAAAAGGGUUAAUCAGUCACGACAUGUUCAAAAGCCUGGCCAAAAACAAUCACAGCAAAAUUCCCCUAUAAAACAAACAUCUAGCAAGUCCUUGUCUCCUUCCAAUUUAUCUACUCCAAAAAGGUAUAGCUCCACUCAAUUUCAUUCAGUUCCACUUAAAAAUCAAAAUAGACAGUCAAAAGCUCAGGGGAUUGCACAAAAACAGAGUCAGCAAAAAAACCAGUCAAGACAACAAAAACAGAGAAGCAAACCAGCAAAACAAAAAAGACGUGUCCCACCAAAAGCCCAAACCAAAACAGACCCAAAAGGAGGGUCGACUCUACAAAAACCUCCAAGAAAAACAGUAGCACAAGAGAGAACUCUUCAACAAAAUCCUCAGCCCAAAUCAGCCCCCAGAAAGAAGCCUGUUUCACAAAAUUCUCAGACCACAAAAGCCACCACAAAGAAGUCUGUUCCACAAAAUCCUAAGCCCAAAUCAGCCCCCAGAAAGAAGCCUGUUUCACAAAAUUCUCAGACCACAAAAGCCACCACAAAGAAGUCUGUUCCACAAAAUCCUAAGCCCAAAUCAGCCCCCAGAAAGAAGCCUGUUUCACAAAAUUCUCAGACCACAAAAGCCACCACAAAGAAGUCUGUUCCACAAAAUCCUAAGCCCAAAUCAGCCCCCAAAAAGAAGCCCGUUUCACGAAAUUCUCAGACCACAAAAGCCACCACAAAAAAGUCUGUUCCACAAAAUCCUAAGCCCAAAUCAGCCCCCAGAAAGAAGCCUGUUUCACAAAAUCCUCAGACCACAAAAGCCACCACAAAGAAGUCUGCUCCACAAAAUCCUAAGCCCAAAUCAGCCCCCAGAAAGAAGCCCGUUUCACGAAAUUCUCAGACCACAAAAGCCACCACAAAGAAGUCUGUUCCACAAAAUCCUAAGCCCAAAUCAGUCCCCAGAAAGAAGCCCGUUUCACAAAAUUCUCAGACCACAAAAGCUACCACAAAGAAGUCUGUUCCACAAAAUCCUAAGCCCAAAUCAGCCCCCAGAAAGAAGCCUGUUUCACAAAAUCCUCAGACCACAAAAGCCACCACAAAGAAGUCAGCUCCACAAAAUCCUAAGCCCAAAUCAGCCCCCAGAAAGAAGCCCGUUUCACGAAAUUCUCAGACCACAAAAGCCACCACAAAGAAGUCUGUUCCACAAAAUCCUAAGCCCAAAUCAGUCCCCAGAAAGAAGCCCGUUUCACAAAAUUCUCAGACCACAAAAGCAACCACAAAGAAGCCUGUUCCACAAAAUCCUAAGCCCAAAUCAGCCCCCAGAAAGAAGCCCGUUUCACGAAAUUCUCAGACCACAAAAGCCACCACAAAGAAGUCUGGUCCACAAAAUCCUAAGCCCAAAUCAACCCCUAGAACGAAGCCUGUUUCAAAAAAACCUCAGACCACAAAAGUCACUACAAAGAAGUCUGUUCCACAAAAUCCUAAGCCCAAAUCAGCCCCCAGAAAGAAGAUUGUUACACGAAACCCUCGACCCAAAACAGCAACCAGAAAGAAGCCUGUUUCAAAAAAACCUCAGACCACAAAAGUCACCACAAAGAAGUCUGUUCCACAAAAUAUUAAGCCCAAAUCAACUCCCAGAAAGAAGCCUGUUUCACGAAACCCUCAACCCAGAACAGUCACCAGAAAGAAGCCAGUUACACAAAAACCUAGACCCAAAAGAGUCGUCAGAAAGAAGCCUGUUACACAAAAACCUAAACCCAAAAGAGUCAUCAGAAAGAAGCCUGUUUCACGAAACCCUCAACCCAGAACAGUCACCAGAAAGAAGCCUGUUACACAAAAACCUAGACCCAAAAGAGUCGUCAGAAAGAAGCCUGUUACACAAAAACCUAAACCCAAAAGAGUCAUCAGAAAGAAGCCUAUUACACGAAACCCUCAACCCAGAACAGUCACCAGAAAGAAGCCUGUUACACAAAAACCAAGGCCCAAAAGAGUCGUCAGAAAGAAGCCUGUUACACAAAAACCAAGGCCCAAAAGAGUCGUCAGAAAGAAGCCUGUUACACAAAAACCAAGGCCCAAAAGAGUCGUCAGAAAGAAGCCUGUUACACAAAAACCAAGGCCCAAAAGAGUCGUCAGAAAGAAGCCUGUUAUACAAAAACCUCGACCCAGAAGAGUCAUCAGAAAGAAGCCUGUUACACGAAAACCAAGGCCCAAAAGAGUCGUCAGAAAGAAGCCUGUUACACGAAAACCAAGGCCCAGAAGAGUCAUCAGAAAGAAGCCUGUUACACGAAAACCUAGGCCCAAAACAGCCCCUGGACGUAGGCCUAUUCCAAAGAAACCAUCACCCAAAAGAAGACCCAAACACAGACCUGGUUCACAAAAGCCUCCCAAAAAAGGACCUGGCCAACACCAUUGUGAACCAAAUCCAAAUGUGCACCAUAAGCCUAAGCCAACAACCAAACCUUAUACUGAUACCACCAAACAAACCACCACAACUACCCAAGAACCCACAACCAUCAGCUCUACCAUCAUUAUUAAACCUACUACCACCACUACCACCAAAUAUACUACCCAUAAAAAACCCAUUACUGCUACCCUCAAACCUGCGAAUAUCACCAGUUCAACUACUAUCAAAGCUACUCCCACUAAACCCAAACCCACGACUUCCAUAUCUUCUACCUCAAAGAAAACCAACAUCACCACCAAACCUUCUCAGGUCACCAAAUCUACCACAAAAUCCACUACCACAAAAUCCACUACCACAAAAUCCACUACCACUACAACCACACCUACCACUGUCAUGAAAACCACUAGCACCAAAAAACCUACAUCCAAAACAAGUACCUCUGUAAAAUCUACCACAACUAAAAGGUUUACUUCUACAGCAUCCAGUACCACAACCAGCAAGUCUACCACUAUAAUUAAAUCCAAUAGCACCACUGGUACCAAAUAUACUAGCCAAAAAAUACCCAUUACAACUACUACCAAACCUGCUAAAAUCAUCAGUUCAACUACUAUCAAAUCUACUACCACUAAAUCCAAACCCACUACUUCCAUAUCUUCUACCUCCAAGAAAACCAACAUCACCACCAAACCUUCUCAGGUCACCAAAUCUACCACAAAAUCCACUACCACAAAAUCAACAACCACUACAACCACACCUACCACUGUCAUGAAAACCACUAGCACCACUCCCUCUGUAAAAUCCACCACCACAACUAAAAGUCCUGCUUCUACUGUGUCCACCACCACAAGCAGCAAACCUACGAUCCCAUCUACUACUACCACUGUAUCUGUUGCUCCUACCACGAGAGUUUCAUCCACCCUAACUGACAUUACUCCAGCACCAAUUGUUGCCACAUCUGCUGCCUCUACCACAAGACCUGCUCACACUAGCACCACAGCAGCCACUGUUGCUACAUCAGCAAGGACUACCUCUGCCUCCACCUCAUCUACUACUCCUACAACUCUGGCUACUUCGUCCACUAUACAUGCUGUUAGUAAGGUACCAAGUCCCUUACCACUACCAGAACUGUGGCAACUACCACUUCUGCCACCCCUACCACCACCCCUCUAUCAACCACCUCUGUUACAAGUACCACAUCAGUUACUUCCACCACCCUUACCACUGGAUGCCACUACCACUUCUGCCUCCCUGACCACUAUACCUGCUUCCACAACCAUUACAACCAUUCCUGAUACUUCCCCCCUGGAUACAACUACAUAUGAUUAUUCCACCACCUCUGGUGAAGACACUGACACUACCACUCUGACUGACACCUCCUUCCCUACUGACACCACCAUACCUGAUGUCACUACUUCUAUCCCAACUUCUUCUGCCACCAAGCCCUCAUCAGCUACUUCUACCACUUCUGCAACAUCUGUGACUACAUCUGUGGCUGCUACCACUGAUGCCUCCAGCUCAUCAGCUUCCUCUACCACAGCCUCCUCAAAAACUAUUUCUACCAGUCCUUCCACAACUACUGCUACUUCUAUCACCACUUCCACAAGCCCUACAUCUACAGCUGUUAACAAAUCUGUUUCCUCUACUACAACACCUGUUACCACUGCAUCUUCCUCUACUACCUUAAGCACAACUCAAGGAACCACAUCUCCUGCCACUACCACAACUGUGGCAACUACCACUUCAGCCACCUCUACCACCACCCCUCUAUCAACCACCUCUGUCACAAGUACUACAUCAGUUACUUCCACCACCCUUACCACUGGGUCCACAACUAUUUCUCCUACACCUGCCCCUACCACAAAAGAUGUCACUACCACUUCUGCCUCCCUGACCACUACACCUGCUUCCACAACCAUUACAACCAUUCCUGAUACUUCCCCCCUGGAUACAACUACAUAUGAUGAUUCCACCACCACUGGUGAAGACACUGACACUACCACUCUGACUGACACCUCCUUCCCUACUGCCACCACCAUACCUGAUGUCACUACUUCCAUCCCAACAUCUACUACAGUUAUAUCCAUUGAACAUACAACCCCUGUAUCUUCUACUGCUGCCAUUGCUACCUCUGGGGCCACUUCUGCUGCCACCAAGCCCUCAUCAGCCACUUCUACCACUUCUGCAACAUCUGUGACUACAUCUGUGGCUACCACCACUGGUGCCUCCAGUUCAUCUGCUUCCUCUACCAUAGCCCCCUCAGAAACUACUUCUACUAGACCUUCUACAACUACUGCUACUUCUAUCAUCACUUCCACGAACCCCACAUCUACAUCUGUUAACAAAUCUGUUUCCUCUACUACACCUGUUACCACUGCAUCUUCCUCUACUACAGCUGCUCCCACCACCACAACCUCUGCUACCUUAAACACAAGUCAAGGCACCACAUCUCCUGCCACUACCACAACUGUGGCAACUACCACUUCAGCCACCUCUACGACAACCCCUCUAUCAACCACCUCUGUCACAAGUACCACAUCAGUUACUUCCACCACCCUUACCACUGGGUCCACAACUACUUCUCCUACAUCUACCCCUACCACACAAGAUGCCACUACCACUUCUGCCUCCCUGACCACUACACCUGCUUCCACAACCAUUACAACAAUUCCCGAUACUUCUCCCCUGGAUACAACUACAUAUGAUGAUUCCACCACCUCUGGUGAAGACACUGACACGACCACUCUGACUGACACCUCCUUCCCUACUGAUACCACCAUACCUGAUGUCACUACUUCCACCCCAACUUCUGCUGCCACCAACCCCUCAUCAGCUACUUCUACCACUUCUGCAACAUCUGUGACUACAUCUGUGGCUACUACCACGGGUACCUCCAGCUCAUCUGCUUCUUCUACCACAGCCUCCUCAAAAACGAUUUCUACCAGUCCUUCCACAACUACUGCUACUUCUAUCAUCACUUCCACAAGCCCUACAUCUACAGCUGUUAACAAAUCUGUCUCCUCUACUACAACACCUGUUACCACUGCAUCUUCCUCUACUACAUCUGCUCCCACCACCACCUCUGAUACCUUAAACACAACUCAAGGCACCACAUCUCCUGCCACUACCACAACUGUGGCAACUACCACUUCAGCCACUUCUACUACCAACUCUCUAUCAACCACCUCUGUCACAAGUACCACAUCAGUUACUUCUACCACCCUUACCACUGGGUCCACAACUACUUCUCCUACACCUGCCCCUACCACAAAAGAUGUCACUACCACUUCUGCCUCCCUGACCACUACACCUGCUUCCACAACCAUUACAACCAUUCCUGAUACUUCUCCCCUGGAUACAACUACAUAUGAUGAUUCCACCACCUCUGGUGAAGACACUGACACUACCACUCUGACUGACACCUCCUUCCCUACUGAUACCACCAUACCUGAUGUCACUACUUCCAUCCCAACUUCUUCUGCCACCAAGCCCUCAUCAGCUACCUCUACCACUUCUGCAACAUCUGUUACUACAUCUGUGGCUGCUACCACUGGUGCCUCCAGCUCAUCAGCUUCCUCUACCACAGCCUCCUCAGAAACUACUUCUACUGGCUCUUCCACAACUACUGCUACUUCUAUCAUCACUCCCACAGGCCCCACAUCUACAGCAGUUAACAAAUCUGUUUCCUCUACUACAACACCUGUUAGCACUGCAUCUUCCUCUACUACAGCUGCUCCCACCACCACAACCUUUGCUACCUUAAACACAACUCAAGGCACCACAUCUCCUGCCACUACCACAACUGUGGCAACUACCACUUCAGCCACCUCUACCACCACCCCUCUAUCAACCACCUCUGUUACAAGUACUACAUCUGUUACAUCCACCACCCUUACCACUGGGUCCACAACUACUUCUCCUACACCUGCCCCUACCACAAAAGAUGUCACUACCACUUCUGCCACCCUGACUACUACACCUGCUUCCACAACCGUUACAACCAUUCCUGAUACUUCCCCCCUGGAUACAACUACAUAUGAUGAUUCCACCACCUCUGAUGAAGACACUGACACGACCACUCUGACUGACACCUCCUUCCCUACUGCCACCACCAUACCUGAUGUCACUACUUCCAUCCCAACUUCUGCUGUCACCAAGCCCUCAUCAGCUACUUCUACCACUUCUGCAACAUCUGUGACUACAUCUGUGGCUGCUACCACUGGUGCCUCCAGCUCAUCAGCUUCCUCUACCACAGCCUCCUCAGAAACUACUUCUACUAGCCCUUCCACAACUACUGCUACUUCUAUCAUCACUCCCACAGGCCCCACAUCUAUAGCUGUUAACAAAUCUGUUUCCUCUACUACAACACCUGUUACCACUGCAUCUUCCUCUACUACAUCUGCUCCCACCACCACCUCUGAUACCUUAAACACAACUCAAGGCACCACAUCUCCUGCCACUACCACAACUGUGGCAACUACCACUUCAGCCACCUCUGCUACCAACUCUCUAUCAACCACCUCUGUCACAAGUACCACAUCAGUUACUUCCACCACCCUUACCACAGGGUCCACAACUACUUCUCCUACAUCUACCCCUACCACACAAGAUGCCACUACCACUUCUGCCUCCCUGACCACUACAUCUGCUUCCACUAACACUACUUCUACUGGAACCACCUCUGCUGCCACUAGCACUACCAAUCCUGCCACUACCACAUCUCCUUCCUCUACUACAGUACCUGGGAGCACCACAUCUAUAGCCAGCACAUCUGCCCCAACAACUAUCACAUCUGCUAGCACAUAUGUCAUUAGCACAACUGUCCCGACCACAUCUACAACCACUGAUGCUCCAUCCUCUCCAACUCCUUCUGUCCCUACAUCUUCUGCUAGUGUUACACUUGAUACCUCUACUCCUCCUAACACCUCACCCAUUGUCUCCACAUCUGAUUCGAUCACCCCCACUGACACAACCAUAGUUGAUGAUGUGAUCACCACCAAGGCAUUGGCUACUACUGAUGAAACAACCACUAAUCUUGACACAAGCACACCCGAUGAAACGACCACCACAGUGGUCACAUCUGAGGAAACCACCUCUGUACCCAAAUCAGCCCCCAGAAAGAAGCCUGUUUCACAAAAUUCUCGGAUCAAAGCAGUUGCCACAAAGAAGUUUGUUCCACAAAAUGCUCGGUCCAAAUCAGCUGCCAGAAAGAAGCCUGUUUCACGAAAUCCUCAAACCACAAAAGCCAACAGAAAUAAGUCUGUUCCACAAAAGCCUAAGCCCAAAUCAGCCCCCAGAAAGAAGCCUGUUUCACGAAAUCCUCAAACUAGAAAAACCAACACAAAGAAGUCUGUUCCACAAAACCCUCAGUCUAAAUCAGCUGCCAGAAAGAAGCUUGUUUCACGAAAUUCUCAGACCACAAAAGCCUCCACAAAGAAGUCUAUUCCACAAAAUCCUCAGCCCAAAUCAGCCAGAGGAAAGAAGCCUGUUUCCCAAAACCCCCGACCCAAAACAGGCACCAGAAAGAAGACUGUUUCACGAAACCCACGACCUACAAAAGUCAUCAGAAAGAAGCCUGUUACACGAAAACCUCGACCCAAAACAGUCAUCAGAAAGAAGCCUGUUACACAAAAACCUCGACCCAAAACAGUCAUCAGAAAGAAGCCUGUUACACGAAAACCUCGACCCAGAAGAGUCAUCAGAAAGAAGCCUGUUUCACAAAAACCUAGGCCCAAAACAGCCCCUGGACAUAGGCCUGUUCCAAAGAAACCAUCACCCAAAAGAAGACCCAAACGCAGACCUAGUUCACAGAAGCCUCCCAAAAAAGGACCUGCCCCACAUUCAUCUAAGCCACAGAGACCUGGACAACACCAUUGUGAUCCAAAUCCAAAUGUGCACCAUAAGCCUAAGCCAACAACCAAACCUUAUACUGAUACCACCAAACAAACCACCACAACUACCCAAGAACCCACAACCAUCAGCUCUACCAUCAUUAUUAUACCUACUACCACCACUACCACCAAAUAUACUACCCAUAAAAAACCCAUUACUGCUACCCUCAAACCUGCGAAUAUCACCAGUUCAACUACUAUCAAAGCUACUCCCACUAAACCCAAACCCACGACUUCCAUAUCUUCUACCUCCAAGAAAACCAACAUCACCACCAAACCUUCUCAGGUCACCAAAUCUACCACAAAAUCCACUACCACAAAAUCCACUACCACUACAACUACCACUGUCAGGAAAACCACUAGCACCACUCCCUUUGUAAAAUCCACCACCACAACUAAAAGUCCUGCUUCUACUGUGCCCACCACCACAAGCAGCAAAUCUACGAUCCCAUCUACUACUACCACUGUAUCUGUUGCUACUACGACAUCUCUUGCUCCAACCACGAGAGUUUCAUCCACCCUAACUGACAUUACUCCAGCACCAAUUGUUGCCACAUCUGCUGCCUCUACCACAAGACCUGCCCACACAAGCACCACAGCAGCCACUGUUGCUACAUCAGCAAGGACUACCUCUGCCUCCACCUCAUCUACUACUCCUACAACUCUGGCUACUUCGUCCACUAUACAUGCUGCUAGUAAGGGUACUAUCACAAGCACUAUAUCUACUACCACAAGACCUGCCUCUACCACGACUGCUUCCACUGGCAGCACAUCUACUAUUUCUAACACAACAUCUGCAAGUACCAAGUCCCUUACCACUACCAGAACUGUGGCAACUACCACUUCUGCCACCUCUACCACCACCCCUCUAUCAACCACCUCUGUUACAAGUACCACAUCAGUUAAUUCCACCACCCUUACUAAUAGGUUCACAACUGCCCCGACCACAUCUACAGCCACUGAUGCUCCAUCCUCUCCAAUUCCUUCUGCCCCUACAUCUUCUGUUACUGUUACUCUUGAUACCUCUAAUCCUCCUGACACCUCACCUAUUGCCUCCACAUCUGAUUUGUUCACCCCCACUGACACAACUAUAGUUGAUGAUGUGACCACCACAGAUGUAUGGGCCACUACUGAUGAAAUGACCACUUAUCUAGAUGAAACAAUCACCACAGUGGUCACAGCUGAGGAAACCACCUUGGUAGAAAAUUAG